GCUCAUAGAGGGCCUUUGCCGCCACAUAUUUAUCUGGAAUAUCUCGAUGGUGCCACCACGAUGCAGUUGAAUAGCUCACGGGAAUACAUGUCUCUUCCGGGCUCUCGUGGGUCUUGCAAGCUCCUCAGAAACUUCCUGCGCCCAUGUCCCGUCCGUUAGCAACGCACCGUAGAGUGCACCAGUGAGGAUGGCGACACCUACAAGGCUCGCGGUGGUGUUGGUAAGGAUGCACGCAAGAAGCGAAGGAAGAACGUCCCACCAUCGCCAUCUUUUCCAGCGAUUCUUCGUCAACCUGCGGUGCUGCUUCGCCUCCGGUACCCCAACCAUCUCUUCCACUGCCUCCGCAGCAUUCACCUACACCCUCCCAGCAACUUCUACCGCACAACUCCCCUAAUUUCCCCUCCUAGCAAAGAUUUGCAGCCGUCUCCGAUUUCUCAUGAGUCUACCAGCAGGCACCGUUAUAUUAUAGCCAGGUCAUCCCAUUGGAUGUCUCGCGCGGACAGGACGCCUUCCUUCGUGCGGCGAAUACCCAGCAGGACGGCUGUUCGCGACACGUACUCGACGUAGUCCGCUCAGGACGAUUUGCUUGUGGCAGGCGCGUGGUGGCCGGACCUUUCUCAGCCACUCCCGCCGUCGUCCCCUGUGCUUCCACCGCGGGCGCUCACAAGUGCUAGCAUGAAUAUCAGCCCAGCAUACAAAGCCAUAGACCCUGCUCUUGGCAUGGACCCUCAGGCAUUCGCUCGGGGCAGGAUGGGCGCCGUCGAUCCGCCGCUGCUUGGCACGCCUUUGGCACCGCCACGCGCACGCUCGCUGACUACAACAUCAAUGCCUCCUCCGG